UUAUUAUUUGCACUGUCACGCUUUUUUCUAGAGGAAAUAUUUUUGCACAUAAAAUUCAUGCGAACUUUGCUCCCCUCCAUGAUCUCAUAAUUAGCACAACAGCAUCUUUUACACGUUUUUUCUCUCUCUCUCUUUCUCGAUGUCUUUCACGAUGUUUCAUUGAAAAUCUUUUUUUCUUUUUUCUCUUUAAAAUUCUUCAUAUUUUUUAUAUUUUCUUCUCAUGGUCCUUUGCAUCAUGGAUUCCAUGUCUUCUCUUCAUUAUCUUUCCAUAGAUAGAGUAAAAAAGAAACACGCUUUGCAUGUUUUUGAUUCUCACACGUUAUAGUUAUAACAUCAUAAGAUCUCAAUAUCAUCAAAGACCAAGAAAAAAAACAACCAUAACAAAGAAAAAAUGUUGCAGAGAGCAGCAAGCAAUGCAUAUUCAUGGUGGUGGGCUAGUCACAUCAGAACAAAACAAUCAAAAUGGAUGGAGCAAAACCUUCAAGAUAUGGAGGAAAAGGUACAGCAUGCUAUAAAACUCGUAGAGGAAGAUGGAGACUCAUUUGCAAAGAGAGCAGAAAUGUAUUACAAAAAGAGACCGGAGCUGAUAAGUUUUAUUGAAGAAACAUACAAGGCUUACCGAGCUUUAGCGGAACGAUAUGAUCACAUAUCGACGGAGUUGCAGAAUGCUAAUAACGCCAUUGCUUCUGUUUUUCCGGAUCGAGUUCCGUUUAUGGAUGAAGAAGAGGAAAGUGCAUCGCCUAGGACUCCGAAAAAAAUGCAGACGGAAGUGUCUAAAGCAAAUGUUCCAAAGCCUCCUCUUAGAGAUUUGAAAAGCGUGGUAACAGCAGCGACGGCGGCCACGAAGAAACUUAAUCCGAAAAAGACUACGGCGCUGUCGGUUGCUUCUAAAGUUCCUAAAUCUGGAUUAAGCAGAAAGGACGCGCUUGAGGAGGUUGACAAGCUGCAGAAACAGAUUUUAUCUCUACAAACUGUGAAGGAGUUUGUGAAAAGCUCGUAUGAUAAUGCAAUCGCGAGGUACUGGGAAACGGGAGAGAAGAUCAAGGAAUUACAAGAUAAAGUUUCUGUUCUGCAAGAUGAAAUCGGAGAAGGUAUUGUUAUUGAGGACGAUGAAGCGCGCCGAUUGAUGGCUGAAGCUGCUCUUAAGUCAUGCCAAGAGACAUUAGAACAGUUGGAAGUGAAACAGGAAAAAUCAGUUGAUGAAACCAAAGUCGAAUCCGAAAGAAUAAAUGAUGUUAAGGCGAAAUUAGCCUCUCUCAUGAAUGAGUUUCAAUAUGAUCAGAGCGAAUCGAAAGAGCUGAGGGUCAAAAGAGAUGGAAGAAGCGUAGCCGAGAGAAAGGACUUGGAAAAAGAAGAGGGGGAAUUGACGCAACAGAUACAUGAUUUGCAGUCAUUACAGGAAACUGUUAAGGUGCACUUUGAAGCUAGCUCCCAUUCGUCUCUGGCUGCGACAGAAAUGGCGGAGAAGAUUGAUGAGCUUGUGAACAAAGUGAUUAGCUUGGAAACUUCAGUUUCAUCUCAGACUGCUCUAGUAAAUAGAUUGAAAACAGAAACGGAUGAACUUCAAGGCCAGGUUCGAACUCUGGAAGACGAUAAGGAAAGUUUGAUCAAAGAUGAAAAUAAACUGAACGAACAACUGAGAGACAUGGAACAGAAGAUGCUUGCGGUUCAAGAUCUAAACCAUACUGUUGAAGAUCAGAAUAGCGAUCUCAAGAGUCAUUUCACUGAAGCACAUUCUAAUAUCGAUAGCCUCUCAGUGGAAGUCCAAAGUUUGCAGCCAAGUGAGGAGGUUAAGGUAGGAGAUUCAGCACAGAUGCAAAAGAACUCAUCGGACCAAAACGAAUCAAAACAUGAACCUGAAGCGAAAGUUCCAUUGAACGAAGAAGACAAUGUCUUACAGAAUGAAGUAAAGAAGUCGGAAAAGGAACAUACCGAUUUGUUAAAAGAUGCAGUAAAUACAGAUGAGGAGCUUAAGAUUGCCAAUGAUGUAAAAGAAAAAGUAGCAUCAGAUAACAAGAUCAAGGUAACUGAUUCACCACAAGAUACCUUAGAAACGGAAGGAGCGGCCUCAGUGGAAAACAGACCUCCAAAAGAGUUAAAAGAACAAGAGAAGGCUCUUAAUCCUGGAGAUAAUAAUCAAAAAGAAACAGUAGCCAUGAGUACAAUUACAAAUACGGAAAAUUGUUCUUCGGAGAGUUUUGAGAAACUGCAAGAAAAUGAUGCUGAGAAAGGUUCAACCACGACAGAGAAUACUCUUGGAGUUGACCAGAAAGAGCAUGGAAAAGAUACAGUAGCUAUGAGUACAAGUACAACAGCUGAAAAUCAUUCUUCGGAGAGUUUUGAGAAACUGCAAGAAAAUGAUGCUGAGAAAGGUUCAACCACGACAGAGAAUACUCUUGGAGUUGAUCAGAAAGAGCAUGGAAAAGAUACAGUAGCUAUGAGUACAAGUACAACAGCUGAAAAUCAUUCUUCAGAGAGUUUUGAUAAACUGCAAGAAAAUGAUGCUGAGAAAGGUUCAACCACGACAGAGAAUACUCUUGGAGUUGAUCAGAAAGAGCAUGGAAAAGAUACAGUAGCUACGAGUACAAGUACAACAGCUGAAAAUCAUUCUUCAGAGAGUUUUGAUAAACUGCAAGAAAAUGAUGCUGAGAAAGGUUCAACCACGACAGAGAAUACUCUUGGAGUUGAUCAGAAAGAGCAUGGAAAAGAUACAGUAGCUACGAGUACAAGUACAACAGCUGAAAAUCAUUCUUCAGAGAGUUUUGAUAAACUGCAAGAAAAUGAUGCUGAGAAAGGUUCAACCACGACAGAGAAUACUCUUGGAGUUGAUCAGAAAGAGCAUGGAAAAGAUACAGUAGCUAUGAGUACAAGUACAACAGCUGAAAAUCAUUCUUCAGAGAGUUUUGAUAAAAUGCAAGAAAAUAAUGCUGAGACAGGUUCAACUAAGACAAAGACUCUUGGAGAUGAUCAUAAAGAGCAUACAACAGCAGCAGAUGAUGAACCUGAUUGGAGACAAAUGUUUUUGAAUGGAAUGCAAGAUAGAGAAAAAACUCUUCUAACUGAGUACACUAAUACUCUUCGGAGUUACAAGGUUGUGAAGAAGAAGCUCGCCGAAAUAGAGAACAAAAAUCAAGACAACCACUUGGAUUAUUGUUUGAAAUCUCAGUUGCAUGAGUUGAAGACAUCUAAUUCUUUGAAAGAUCAAGAAAUAAGAAUUUUACAUCGGAAACUCAGUCUUUUGCAGAUAACAAUGGAGGGAAAUGAGGACAUGACUGACUCAACUUCAAUUCUACCACAAGAAGAACAUGACAUUGAGAAACUUCUAAAAAUUGAUCUACCUGAAUCUACAUGCGCUAUUGAAGAGAAGUUCCGGUCUAAUAUAGAUGAAGUUCUAGAGGAGAACUUAACUUUCUGGUUAAAGUUCAGUACAACUUAUGCUGAGAUACAAAGGUUUGAAACCACUAUCAAUGAUUUGCAAACCGAGGUAUCAAAACUUGAGAAAAAAAUAAAGCCUUCAGAAGGUAGUGGCAGCUUAAAGCAUAGUCUAAAAUCAGAUGCGCGGCCGAUUUAUAAACACCUGACAGAGAUUCAAACUGAUAUAACAGUCUGGAUGGAGAAAAGCGCAUUGCUGAAAACAGAAUUACAGUGUAGAUUCUCGUCUCUGUGUGUCAUCCAAGAGGAGAUAACAAAUGCAUUGAAAGCCAGUGCUGAAGAUGAAGAUUUCAGGUUUACGAGCUAUGAAGCAGCCAAGUUCCAAGGUGAGGUUUUGAACAUGAAACAGGAAAACAAUAGGGUUGCUGAUGAACUUCAAGCAGGUUUAGAUAUGGUAACAUCACUUCAACUUGAAGUCGAAAAGGCACUCGUGAAGUUGAAUGAGCAAUUUGGGUUAUCAGCUUCAAAGAGAGAAGAAAGUGGACAACUAAGUCAGUCAGAAUCUCGAGCUAGGGUUCCUCUCAGAUCAUUUAUCUUUGGCGUGAAACCAAAGAAACAAUCCAUUUUCUCCUGCAUGUCCCCUGGAAUGAAUAGGAAGUUCAAGUCUGCUAAGAAUUAGAGUAAUGUGUAAUAUAUUUUGCUAGCUUUCUAUUUUGUUUCUUUGAUCAUUCAUCAGUUUCAUUAGAUAUUGAUUGAGAACGUCUUUUGACUCUAAAGGAAGAGAUUCAUUUUCCCAAUUUUUUUUUGUCCAUAACUGUAAGCAGGAAGCAUGGCAAAAUGCACUUUUUGGUUUACUCAAGUGUUUUGAGCUCUCUUUUUCAAGAUAUAUCCAAGUAUUCCCAUUUUCCUCUUUGAAA